AUGUUACUUUGCUGGGCUCUGAUAGCCUUGAGCCAAGCAGUGACGGGAAUCCCGCUAGCGGUAGAGCCAGUUACCUCCGAACCUGACUACAAAAGGGACGUGGCUCCAGAUUUUGAGUGGACUGUCUUGGGGGACUCUUGGGCAUCUGGUGUUGCUUACAAUCGCACGAAUGUCUACGCACCUACUGAUCGACAAUUCUGUUACAGAACCACUGAAUCAUGGGGGGUGCAGAUGUUUAACGACAAGUCCUGGACGGAAGGGAAGCAGGUGUUCAACUUCGCUGCGUGUGGUGGCAGCCGGAUGGCAGCUGUGGAGUCACAGCUCCAAGAUCACGGAGGUAAACCGAGGGUGAUCUGGGCCAUGUUUGGAGGGAACGAUGCUGGGUUUGGUGCUAUUGCUCGCGCCUGUAUUUACCAGCCCGUUGAUCCCGGUCACCUCGGCGGUUGGGGUCCGGCUUGGGAUGAAGAUCCAGACGGCUCAGGUCAAUGCAAGAUCAACAUUGCUUCCUUCGACUCCGCCAUGAACGGCGAGAUACAGAAAGGGACCAAGCGAACUAUCGAUGACAUUUUGAACAUCGCACAAGGCCAAAGGCUCGCCAUGCCCACCUUUGACUUGUACCUGAGUGGUUACGUCGACUUCUUCAACACAAAGACCGACGACUGCGACAAGUGGAGCUUUGCGCAUGAUCGUCUUAGCGUCGGACGUCCCAAGCUUGUGAAAGGACUGAGACAGGUGAUCAGCGACAUGGUCAACCGAUUCAACAACAUGCAGGCCGAAAUCAUACGGGGCUAUCAACCUCCACUGCCGGCAGAUCCUCACUACCGUGUCCAUCACGAGCUUCCCUCGCCUGUGUAUGAUGGGCACCGGUUCUGUGAGCCAGGCCACACGUUCGAGGACCAAUUCUACGGUCCAAGUGUCUGGCUCUGGAACCUGCAAUAUUACGAUGAACAAGGAGACAAUGCCAAUAGGCAUUGGAUGGUCAAAACAGACGCCAGCGGCACCAAGUUUAUGAGUUCGGAUCCUGUGACCGACCCUACCCUUCCUCCAAUACUUGCCUCUGACGACCUUCUCGGUCAAGACAUUGGUGCCCAACAGUACGGGUUCGGCUGGACCGCCCGACCAUUCCACCCUAAAUGGGACGGUCAUACGGCACUGAAGGAUGCAUUCAUACGAAGAAUGCGAAGCGAUGGCAUCGCGGGCGUCAGGGCCUCGGCAUCAGAGCCAGCGCCAGAUCCAGCUCCAUCUCCCGCCCCGGUACCAGUGGAGACCAACCAGUGCCAUGGGCUUGGUGAUGACCGCUAUGUUGACAGGGACUUGGCAAAGGAUGCCAUCAACAGUCAAUUCUGCCCCGAAGCAGCUACAAAGGGAAGCAUAUCAAGGGAAUAUUACGAGAGGACUCCGGAUCACAUAGUCAUCACAGUGCAAGGGCCUGCUGGCUUCAAGCCAACGGUUGAUGAUUGUGUCAAGUAUCUUUUGGGCAAUGUCAUAGACGGCUGCGACGGCAAUGACCCAAACAAUCCCGCCAGCUUCAAGGGAGGUGGAACUAUGACCACGGGUGAUGUCAAGUACGAUGUGCAGCCCAAGACCCUCCGUCAGCCGCCGAAGGGGGGCAUACAAGGCGGUUGCGACUCGACUUACAAGGUAUUUUGGAAUGAAUAUGUGAUGUGGGGUAGAGGCUGGGCCACACAUGAUGGAGGUGUCUUAUUGAACAGCCAGGUCGACGACUGUGCCUUGCUUCCACGCACAUGGAGCUUCCAAUACGGCCUUGGUAGUGACGGCCGCGAGUGGACGGCGAAGUUCAGAACCGGCGUCUUUCAGCGCCAUUGUGUGGGGAGCGCCGGCAAGGAGGCAGGGGCGCCCUCGAACUUCAAAUGUGGAGGCUCCGGCUGA